AUGGCUCUAUUCGACGAUCCAGUCGGCGGCAUACUGCCAAAAUUUUCUGGCUUCAACCUGUUCUGGAGUAUUGGUGGCCUAUACGCAUUGUGGACUCUUUACACCGCUUUCGCAAACCCCUUGUCUUCCGUUCCUGGGCCUCUUCUAUCCAGGUGGACAGACCUGCACGUGAGGCUCAGGUUGCUCAACGGCUCCAAGGCUCGAUAUAUGCACUCGCUUCAUGAGCAGUACGGCCCCGUCUUUCGAGUAGGGCCAAACAGUGUCGAUGUCAGUGACGUCGCAGGCGCUCGAGAUAUCCACAAGGCGAGGUUUGGCUAUCUGAAAGACCCCAAUUUCUACGUGGGCGCGAAUAUGGCAAAGGAGCUCGAAACGAAGCAGUGCACUGACAUAUUGCAUUGGUGGACACUCUUCGCCAUGGGCGUCAUCAGCGAACUGUGUUUCGGCGAGUCAUUCCACAUGCUUGAGAUCGGAAAGAAAAACCAGUACGCUGAAGACAUCGCGGAAAUGGGCGCCCUGCUUCCGCUGCGUGGAGCAUUCCCCUGGCUGAUAUGGCUCGCUGGAUACGUGCCGCUCUUCAAGUUCUUCAACAACGUGGCUCAUACGCGGCAUCGUAUAGUGUCGUACGGGGCCAACCAAACCGCAGCGUACAUGAAAUUGGUCGAGAACAACCCUGGAGGCGCACAAAGGACCCUGUUCUCCAGCUUGUACAUCACGGCUGGCACGGAUACCACGGCAGUAACGCUCACCUACCUCAUCUACGCGGUGUCGCGAGACAAAGAGGUCCACGACAAAUUGAUCCGAGAACUGCAAACACUCCCCGAGGACUUCACUCACCGUCAUGUCCGAGAGCUACCUUAUCUGAAUCUGGAGCUCGAAGAGACGUUCCGUCUGUAUGGGGCAUCUCAGGGUGCCCUGCCGCGAGUCAUUCCGCCCGAAGCAGGCAAGUUAGCCGGCUUCCACCUCCCAGGCGGCGCAUCAUUCUCAACCCAGAACUACAGCAUGCAUCGAAACGAAGAGGCUUUCCCAGAUCCCGAGAAGUUUGACCCCUCUCGCUGGGAGACCCCAACCGACAAGGCGAAGAACGCAUUCAUGCCUUUCGGCAUUGGGCCUCGAAAUUGCAUUGGCCUCAACCUGGCCCGUAUGGAGUUGCGGCUCUGCACGGCUCUGUUCUUUAGGGCAUUCCCGACAGCUAAGCCGUCGAGCAAGGACGGCAUGCCAGAGAGCGAGAUGGAACCACAUAUCAACUUUCUGGUGAUGCCAAGGGGGCACCGGUGCUUGAUUGAGGUCGAGUGA